AGGAAAAGGGAUUUUUUUUCCCCUUCCCUCCCUGCUGAGGAAAAACAGUUCUAACGAGGAGUUACUUUGUAGUUUUAACUCAUAUUCCAAUACUCCCGGCCAGGGACACUGCGGUAGAUCCCGCCACGACAUCGCGAGCCGGGCUUGGAGGGACUCCGCACGGCUCUCGAAGCCCCGCUGUCAUGAGCUUGCAGAAGAGAGUCUUCCCCAGGAGGGAGAAGGGAACCCAGGAAGUGGCAGCAAAGCACAAUCCAGUCGCCACCCGCCAGCCCAGGGCCCGAGACCAGGACAGGAAGAAGGGCAGCUUUACUUCCGCUCUGAGGAUGGAACCGCACAGCCGCUCUGGAAAGGGUCGAAAAUCUGCGAAGUUCCGGUCCAUCUCCCGCUCCCUGAUCCUCUGCAAUGCCAAGACCAGCGACGAUGGCUCUAGCCCCGAUGAGAAAUACCCAGACCCCUUUGAGAUUUCCCUGGCCCAGGGCAAGGAGGGAAUUGUCCACUCCUCCGUGCAGCUGGCAGACACGUCGGAGGCCGGGUCCAACAGCGUCCCUGCCCCAGCGCUGGCCUCUGAGGCGGCACAAGCCCCGGUGGCUGGGAGUGACCGGGGCAAGAACUGUCGGAGGCUGUUCUUCAUGAAGGAAUCCUCCACAACUUCUUCUCGGGAAAAGCCUGGAAAACCAGAGACACAAAGCAAUACCUUCCUGUUUCCUAAGGCCUGCCACCAACGGACGCGCAGUAACUCAACCAGUGUUAAUCCCUACUGCACGGGAGACAUUGAUUUUGCAAUGGCCGGGAAGUCAGCGGCGUCCGACAGGCAGCCCUAUUCUCUCUGCAGUAACAGGAAGUCCCUGUCGCAACAACUGGACUGCCCAGCGGGAAAGGCUGCGGGCACUUCGAGACCUACACGGUCGCUGAGCACGGCUCAGCUGGUGCAGCCGUCUGGGGGCCUGCAGGCUUCGGUCAUCUCCAACAUCGUGCUGAUGAAGGGCCAGGCCAAGGGCUUGGGCUUCAGCAUCGUGGGGGGGAAGGACAGCAUCUACGGUCCCAUUGGAAUCUACGUCAAAACCAUCUUCGCUGGGGGAGCCGCGGCUGCCGACGGAAGGCUGCAAGAAGGUGAUGAAAUUCUGGAACUCAAUGGUGAGUCGAUGGCUGGACUGACGCACCAGGACGCUUUGUACAGGUUCAAGCAAGCCAAGAAGGGGCUCCUCACGCUCACCGUGCGCACACGCCUGACGGCGCCCCCCGCGCUCUGCAGCCAGCUGUCCCCGCCGCUCUGCCGCUCUCUGAGCUCCAGCUCGUGUGUCACCAAGGACAGCAGCUCCUUCUCGGAGAGCCCGGUGGCCCCCUCCAGCACCACCAAGCCCAACUACAGAGUCAUGGUGGAGGUUUCUCUGCAGAAAGAGGCUGGCGUUGGCCUGGGGAUCGGCCUGUGCAGCGUGCCCUACUUCCAGUGCAUCUCGGGCAUCUUCGUUCACACGCUGUCGCCGGGAUCCGUGGCGCACCUGGACGGCCGGCUCCGGUGCGGCGACGAGCUCGUGGAGGUCAACGACUCCCCCGUGCACUGCAUGACGCUCAACGAUGUCUACGCCGUCCUGAGUCACUGCAGUCCCGGGCCAGUCCCCAUCAUCGUCAGCCGGCAUCCAGACCCGCAGGUCUCCGAACAGCAACUCAAGGACGCGGUGGCCCAGGCUGUGGAGAACGUCAAGUUUGGAAAGGAGAGACAUCAGUGGAGUCUGGACGGCGUCAAGAGGCUAGAGAACAGCUGGCAUGGGCGGCCCACCUUGGAGAAGGAGCGAGAGAAGACCUCAGCACCCCCGCACCGCAGGGCUCAGAAGGUCAUGGUCCGCUCCAGCAGCGACAGCAGCUACAUGUCAGGGUCCCCGGGGGGUAGCCCCAGCAGCGGCAGCGCUGAGCGGCAGCCCUGCGACUUAGAAGUCGGCAUGUGUGGUCCAAGCCUGACCCUGGGGCAGGAGCCAGGGGUGCCUCCAGAGGCCUCAGCCAGGCCUGCCCAGGAGAGCCCGUCCGCCCUGGAGAACAAGGACAGCCACCCGCCACUGAGACUGAAGAAAUCCUUCGAGAUCCUGGUGAGAAAGCCCACAUCCUCCAAGCCCAAGCCUCCGCCCAGAAAGUACUUUAAGAGUGACAGUGACCCUCAGAAGAAUCUGGAAGAGAGAGAGAACACCACAUGCCCUUCUGGGCACACCUUGGCCACCUGCAGCCAGGAAGCCAGAGAGCUGCUGCCACCACUGCCACCACCGGAAGACACCGCGGGAAGGACCCCCUGCGUCUCUGCCUGCAGCCCGGGACCCGCAGUCGGCCUGCAGACUCCGUCCUCCACGGAGGGCGAGCUGGGGAGGAGACAAGCCAGCCCAGUGACCCAGAGGUCCCCAGCCAAACACCCGCUGCUCAAGAGGCAGGCUCGGAUGGACUGUAGCUUUGAGACGGCACCUGAGGACCCGUGGGUUAGAAUCUCAGACUGCAUCAAAAACCUGUUUAGCCCCAUCAUGAGUGAGAGCCACAGCCACCUGCCGCUACAGCCCGGCGUCAGCCUGGGUGACGGCGGGACACAGGGCCACCCAGACGGCGCGCCACCCAAGCUGGAUGCGGCCAACGGCACUUCCAGAACGCACAAGGCAGCGGACGGAGGCGCCGUGAAGAAGGGCCCGCCCGUGGCCCCCAAGCCAGCCUGGUUCCGCCAAAGCCUGAAAGGUUUGAGGAGCCGUGUCCCCGAUCCGAGGAGGCUGCCCGAGACCGCCUUGCCGCCUCAGCCGACACCCGCUUCCAGGGAGCCCCUGGGGACGCACGUGCGGGCCGCCUCUUCCAUCAAGCAAAGGAUCAGCUCCUUCGAGACCUUGAGCUCCUCGCAGCCCCCUGACAAAGGCGCCCCGAGGCCGAGCCUGCAGCCCUCCUCGGGAGAAGCAGCGAAGCUUCCUGGGAAGCAAGAAGGACGGUUUUCCGGCUUCCUGGGGCGAAGGGCUCCCCCAGCUGCUGAGCACAAGCAGCCAGAGCAGGAGCCCCGGCCCCCAAGUCCCCCUACCGCCUCGGAGGCCAGCGACCCCGGUGUGUCCGAGUCCCCUCCCCCAGAGAGGCCACCCAGUGAGAAAACCCUCCCUCCCGACCCGGAGCCCCUGCUGAGGCUGCUGUCCCUGCGGCUGGAGGACCCUCCAGGCCCCGUGCCCAAGAUGCCCAGCCAGCGCGCACGGAGCUUCCCCCUCACCAGGACCCAGUCUUGUGAGGCGAAGGCCCCCGACGAGAAGGCCAGCAAACUCUACUCCAUCAGCAGCCAGGUGUCCUCCGCUGUCAUGAAGUCCCUGCUGUGCCUCCCGACCUCAGGCUCCUGGGGCCACACUCCCUGCAUCUCGAAGGAAGGGGCGUCCCCAACGCCACCGGCCAGUGAAGACUCAGCUGCGAGCAAUUCCGCCGAAACCCCUGCUCUCGACAUGGGGUUCUCGCUCAAUCUUUCAGAGUUGAGAGAAUAUACAAAGGGUCUUACCGAGGUCAAGGAAGCCAGUGACAGAGACCCCUGCUCCCCUCAGUCGAGCCAGUCGGUCAUCUCCCUGCUGAGCUCAGAGGAAUUACAAAAACUCAUCGAGGAAGUGAAAGUUCUUGAUGAAGCCACAUUGAAGCAACUGGACAGCAUCCAUGUCACUGUCCUACACAAGGAAGAAGGCGCCGGCCUGGGGUUCAGCUUGGCUGGAGGACUGGAUCUAGAAAACAAGGUGAUUACGGUUCACAGGGUGUUUCCCAACGGGCUGGCCUCCCAGGAAGGCACCAUUCAAAAGGGCAAUGAGGUUCUUUCCAUCAACGGCAAGUCCCUCAAAGGGACCACGCACAACGACGCCCUGGCCAUCCUCCGCCAACCGGGGGAGCCGAGGCAGGCCGUGAUCGUCACGAGGAGGCCGACCCUGGAGGCCACGUCGGACCUGGACUCCUCCGCUGACUCCCCAGCCUCAGCAGCAGCAGCUAGCGAGCGUUCUGCAGACUCGGCAGCAGCAGAGACCACAGUCUGCACGGUGACCCUGGAGAAGACAUCGGCGGGGCUGGGCUUCAGCCUGGAAGGCGGGAAGGGCUCCCUGCACGGAGACAAACCUCUCACCAUCAACAGGAUCUUCAAAGGAGCUGCCUCGGAGCAGAGGGAGACCGUGCAGCCGGGAGACGAAAUCUUGCAGUUGGCAGGCAACGCCGUGCAGGGCCUUACGCGGUUUGAGGCCUGGAACAUCAUCAAGGCUCUGCCUGACGGACCCGUGACGGUGACCAUCCGGAGGAAAAGCCCCCAGUCCCCGGGGACCGCCGCUGCUGGAGACCCCGGGGCAGCGCUCCCAUGCUGAAGCCAGAGCCACCACCUGCCAUCCCCGUUACGGUCGAUU